CCCUCCCUAGAUUGACAUGUUUCCUUACCUCCACGCUGGUGCGUCAGGUGCUGUUGGGUUGUGCGCCGUCUGGACGCCCGCGCAGGCGCAGUAGGGAUCUGAGGGAUCACUUGAGGAGACGGGGGGCCUUUUGGUCGCCAUCGCAAUGGGAAGGAAGUCGAGUAAAGGCAAGGAGAAGAAACAGAAGCGGUUGGAAGAGAGGGCAGCCAUGGAUGCCGUCUGUGCCAAGGUGGAAGCUGCUAAUAAAUUGGGAGACCCCUUGGAAGCCUUUCCAGUUUUCAAGAAAUAUGACAGAAAUGGAUUAAAUGUUUCCAUCGAGUGUAAACGCGUAUCCAGCUUGGACCCAGCCACCCUCGACUGGGCUUUUGAACUCACCAAAACAAACAUGCAAACGUUGUAUGAGCAGAGUGAAUGGGGCUGGAAGGACCGGGAGAAACGGGAUGAGAUGACAGAUGACCGUGCUUGGUACCUGAUAGCUCUGGAAGAUGGCUCCCUUCCUGUGGCUUUCUCACACUUCCGCUUUGAUGUGGAAUGUGGGGACGAGGUACUUUAUUGUUACGAAGUGCAGCUGGAAAACAAAGUGAGAAGGAAAGGCUUGGGCAAAUUUCUUAUACAGAUACUUCAGCUUGUGGCAAAUGGCACACAGAUGAAGAAAGUCAUGUUAACAGUAUUUAAACACAACCAUGGGGCCUACCAGUUCUUCAGAGAAGCUUUACAGUUUGACAUUGACGAUACCUCACCUAGCAUGUCUGGCUGCUGCGGGGAUGACUGCUCCUACGAAAUCCUCAGCAGAAGAACGAAAUUUGGCGAGAGCCAGCACACUCACCUGAGUAGUCACUGUGGUGGCUGCUGCCAUUGAGUUUGCCCUUCACUCUGCAAAAGAACCUAACUCUUUUUUUCCCAGAUGAGCCCUGCCUUUUGAUUGCCACCCCCACAGUCUUCCCAUUUCUUUGCUGUGCUCCCGAGCCAUCCUAAAUCUUGGGAUGAGAGAGAUCUUCCUCCAUAUGGGAGGUUCUGGAAACUGAACUCAAGCCUAACUUGAACCUGGUUUACCCAUGGCCUUAACCUGAAGGUAUGAAUCCAGUCGGCUGUUUUCCUCCCCUGCAAUAAGGAGAUAGGUUCUUGCUUCAAGCAAAUGACAAAAAGGAACUUAAUGGUCGAAGAAGAAUUAGCUUUUUUUGGUCAAUGUUAUUUGAAGUGGCCAUUUUGGAUAUUUCACGUUUCUUCAUCGACAUUGAAAGUGUACUCUCUUUUUUGGUUUUGAUGGAUCGGUGAAAUUUUUGAGACUGCAGGAAUUCCCUGUUUGGCAAACUGUGUUUGGAUCCCUAUUUGGAAAGUUAAGAAGACCUUGUCCUGUUUGGAUUUUACCUGUGCUUGCAUGACAACCAGCUCUUUGUAUGGUCUCUGAAAUUUCAGAUUGGACACUUUUGGACAGCGGCUAAACCAAUAUCUUUCUUGGUGUAUGUUGCCCAUAAUACAUUUCGUUUAAUAUGGCAUAUUGCUUUAGCAACCUUUGCACUUCCAUUUCGUGUUCAUGUGAAUGGAUCUUUUCCCUCAAAGAAACGAAAAAUGUGAGUGUCAAGGAACGAUGGCGGAACCUGUCUACUUCAAAUAUUUAUUUUCCCUCUCCUGGUCUCCAAAUCGGGCAUGCUUAAUAAUGGAUGUUUUAAGUUAAUUUACAGUGUCUACUUCUGUGUAUUAGCGUAUUUUUUUUUCUUCUUCCUUGGUUACCCUAUUUGGAUUUUUUUUUUCAUUUUUUUAGAAUACCUUUUAAAAUAAUUACUUUUCUUAGCAAGUAUUUUCACUGGAAUAAAAGGGAACAACUUGACUUUUUAAACAAUAUUUGUUUUAUUUGUAUGGUCAAAAAUAAACUUUUUGUUCAGUCUUUA